AUGAAACCCAAUAAAUUUAGUGGGAGAGCCCUAAUAACCGCUUAUUGGGGAAAUAGUUUUUGGGUCAUCUGCUGGAGAUGCUCUUACUUGUACUCCAUUCAAAAUAAUGCGUGUUUUUUUAAACAAACAUUAUGUCAACCAUGUAUAACCAAUGCAGAUACCAUAAGAACUGUUGAAGGUUAUUCUGAUAUUAUCGUUCUGAGACAUUUUGAAAGUGGAGCUGCCAGAAGAGCAGCGGCUACUGCAGAAAUUCCGGUUAUUAAUGCAGGUGAUGGGCCAGGGCAACAUCCUACUCAGGCUCUGUUGGAUGUAUAUACAAUAAAGAGAGAAAUUGGUAGGCUAGAUGGAAUCAAACUUGGUUUGGUUGGAGACCUUGCCAAUGGGAGAACUGUUCGUUCUCUGGCCUAUUUGAUCGCUAAGUACCAGAACAUUAAGAUAUACUUCGUAUCUCCAGAUGUUGUAAAAAUGAAGGAUGAUAUCAAGGAGUACUUAACUUCACAAGGUGUUGAAUGGGAAGAAAGUUCAGAUUUAUUGGAUGUGGCAUCCAGGUGUGAUGUAAUUUAUCAAACACGCAUUCAAAAAGAAAGAUUCGGAGAGAGGAUCGAUCACUAUGAGGCUGCUCGUGGGAAAUAUAUUGUGGAUAAGAAGGUUUUAGGUGUGCUACCAAAGCAUGCUGUUAUCAUGCAUCCCCUUCCAAGGCUGGAUGAGGCUUAA